UUUAUAAUGAUUAUGUGUAGGCGACAAGAGAGGCCCAGGAGGUGUGUAACCUGGUCGGAGAGAUCCUGCAUGCCAUCAGCCAUUGUUACCACAGUCUGAGUGACCUGAUGGUGGACUUGGGAGAGCAAAGCCCCCGACAGCUGUAUGCAGCCUUUGUCCCAGCAGCUAUACCGGCAGCUGUCAUACAACAGACCAUACCUAUCCACGCACAGAUAAAUGUUGGAGGGCCCCAGGUUGUCCAGAGGAACACUGCCACUCAGUCCACUGUGCAAACCUCAUCUGCUGCCACAUCUACAUCACAGGCCUCAAGCAACGCUGCUUCACAGACACCCUCCACCCAGACUUCUGGUCAGUCCACAGGAACUGCGACACCUUCCCCAGCUCCUGGGGCCACACCUGUUGUUACCCGUGCCAGUACCGACCCCUACGUGUUCCUAGAGGUGGGACCAGACAAUGCUGUUACUGUAAACAGUAUCACAGCCCAUGUCAUAACCUCAGAGCAGGAAGUCCCCAACACUUCUGGACCUAGUACAGGUUCCACAAACACAGCACCACAGGGUGUUCAUGUUCAAGGCCACAAUGUGACCCAGGACCUCAUCAACAACAUCGUCAGCUCAGUCAUGCAUGCCCAUACAGGCCCAAGAGUUGGUCCUGGUCAUGUAUUAGGCGUAGAUCCCAACAGUCUACGUUUCAGAAGAAGUUCAUUUCCUUCUUCAUCAUCUGCCACUUCAGCUCAACCUGGUAGCCAAACUACCUCACAGAGUUCAAACUCCUCGGGAACACAGACCAGCACGCCUGCUUCUGGGCCAUCAAACACCUCUGGCACCCAGACACCAAACGCGCCCACAAACAACUCCGGGACACAGACCGGCAUGCGGGCACCACAUGCUGCAGCUUUUGUUUUGCCGGGUAUGCCUGGGAUGAUGCCUAGAUUUCCCAACGCCGGACCUGCCUCUGUGGACCCCUUCCUUCCCUGCGCAUCUCGUCACUUCCUCCGGCACCAGGCUAGAAAUAAUAACAACACUCCAGAGGGUCAAGGAGUCAAUGCAGGGGGUCUCAUUGGGGAGUUCCUCAACAAUCUGGCUGGAGAGGUGAACCCACACCUCCAGGGAAUGGGGCACCAAACCACAGGCAGGACAUCUGCCUCUGAAGCAGCCACCAGCCAGACAAACACCUCCUCCUCCUCCUCUACCUCCUCCUCCACAGCCACCUCCUCCACCACCUCCAGUACCGGGGCUGGUUCCAUGCCCUUCAACCCCUUUGCAGGAUUGUUCGGAGCCAUGGGGGGUGCUCCACCACCGGGGAUAAAUAUACGGAUGCCAGCGGGGAUGGUUGGAAUGCCAGGGAUGACUGGAAUGCCCGGUAUGGCUGGAAUGCCAGGUAUGCCAGCUGGCAUGCCAUUUUUUCCAGGUAUGGCUUCAAUGUUUGGACAGACUGGCCCUCAUCCAGCAGCAGGAAAUAACCAGAACACCACAAGCGGCUCCACUACAUCUGCCUCCUCAACAGCGUCUGGCCGGACAACUACUGCCCCAACAGGCGGGCCUGAGCCUGUCUUUGUACAGCAGCUCCGUAACCUCCUGCAAACAGGAAUGGGUUCAAUGCCAGCUUCCAGUACAUCUAACACAGGAUCAACCCCUACCCCUCAGGCUACUGCCUCAACCUCCCAGGGGACUACCCAAGGGACAGGGACAACCCAGGAGACAGGAGCCACCCAGGGGACUGGCACAGUGACGGCCCAAGCUGAUGCCACAGCUCAACCUGUGAUGACAGACGAGGCAUUCACACAGCUGGUUCAGGGGAUCGGUUCCAUGAUCACCCAGACUGCAGUUGGACAACCCCCUUCACAGACACUUGCUGAGUUCCUUGGGUCCCUAGGGGAUGGCUACAAUAUGGCUCAAGGAGAAGGAUUCUUCAAUGAUAUCUACUCCUGUCUCUCUUCACACCUGACCUUUCCUGACCUUGUACAAGUUUUUUACGGCAACAGAGCACCUCUACAAAAUGUGCGAGUACCAUUACAGGAUUUCUUACGAGAGCGUGUGUUGGAGGGCAGGGAACCAACGAUGGAAAACAUAACAGAGGCCUCUCAUAGACUUGUGGAGGAGAUGUCGGAGGAGAUUGAAGCAUGUGCAACUGUUGCAGAGGUAAAGCCCGACAUAGAUAUGGUGGAGACUCUCAACAAUUUUUUCAGACAGCAAUUUACAGCCACAGUCCGCAUGGUCAUGUUAGCAGAUGAAUCAAACACAAAUUUUGGUAACCAAUUUUAUGAACGGAUGAGGCUGAGUUUGGCAGAGUUGAUUGUUCUGACAAGAUCGAGUUUAGUGGAAGGCCAUCCAGCGUUACAGAGAAUCAUACAGAGUCGCCUGAAUGUCAUUACUCGGGGGGUGAACCCAAUGAUACAACAGUGGAUGUGUAAUGUCAUCACUCAACAGCUGAACCAGUUCCUCCCCACAAUCACCAUUACUGAUGCCGAUGUCCACUCCUACAUCGUCAAAAAGGACAGCAAGAAAAAAGCCUCAAAACCUGAAAAGAAAGAUGAAGCAGCCACUGCUGUUGCCAUGGAAACAAGUCCACCUAUGGUUUCACCAGGAGCCUCACAAGUAGAGUCUCCCGAGCCUAUGGAGACCCAGAACAACAACACCGGGGCCUCAGUUGCACCUCGCCCACAACCAGCUACAGCUGCAGCCACCAAACUUCCUCCUCCCAAGGUCAAGAAAGAGGAGCCCAAGGCCAACUCUCCCGGGGCAGCAGCUGGCGGGGAAUGCUGGCAGCUGGAGGUUAACCCUGACUGGGUGCCAAUCAUUAACGGUGACAUAGAAAAGCAGAAACACCAGCGCCCUCAGCAACCUUUCAGUGAUACCUACCUACAGGGCAUGCCUGCUAAACGCAGGAAGAUUAUGGGUCAGGAAGGCCAGGUGAAUUUCUCUAAUGCAGAAGAGUGUGUGCCUCUGUCGUUACGACGUGCAGUGGCAGCAGCCGGAGUAGAACCAAUCAGCAGUCUGGAAAAUCUGACCAGUGAGGCGUCGGAUAAUAAUGAACUGCAGCACGCUUUUGAUGAGCAAGUUUUGAGCAGUAUAAGAGAUCGUCUGGACAGUGAUAGUGAUUAUAAGCCAGAACAGUUCCCCAACACAGAUCGCUACUAUCAUAGAAAUAACAAAAAAUGAUUUACUGCAGGUUGUAUGAUUUAGUGUUUGAUAUUACCACAGUCAUACCAGAGGAUAUGUGUUUGUACCGUUUACUGAUUGUAAAUACAUAAUUGGGUUAUUGUAUCAUUUAGAGCACUGUAACCUACACUUCACGAAGGUUGUACUACACCGUGACCUUGACAACACACAGGGUGUAUUUAUAACAUGUCUGUUACAAUUUCAUCUUAAAGUUACAGUGAUUAUAUGGUAAACUGUUACCGUACCAUUGAUUGGUGAUAUGGCCCUAUGUGUUUAUUUGCCAAAGUGUUUAAUAAUAACAUAUUGUGCUGUGUAAUGGCCCAGUGUGUUAAAUAACAACAUAUUGUGCUGUGUAAUGGCCCAGUGUGUUUAUAAUAACAUAUUGUGCUGUGUAAUGGCCCAGUGUGGUUAA